CGGUUUUGGUCACGUGGGAUCCUGUUCCGUUUGCUGAGGAAAUCCAGAUCCAGGUGAGGAGGAUGAGUUCAAGUAAUGGAGCCAGGAGGAAAGCCAACACGCUGCCACAGUUCAACAAUGUCGAAGCGUCCCACCUUGACGCACCGGCUGAGGUACAAAGUCUUUUUGGGAAAGUUAGAACCUAUGUGAAGCCGUCCGGUGAGGAAUGGGCCAUUCCCGGCACGAGUGAUGCUCUCACUCAUCAAGCAGAGGAGCACCAGCGCCUGCAGGAGCUGAAGGCCUCUUUGAAUGCCGUGAAGAACCAGCUCAGUGAUAAAGACGUGCAGGUGUGGCAUCAGCACACCAAUGCAACCAACCGGGCGGGGAAGGUGAUUGCUGCCGUGCGCUCCACAGCCAACGCAGAGAUUUGCACCCAGGCCUGGUGCAAGUUCUAUGAGAUCCUCGGGAGCUUCAGCCUUCUUCCUGAGAAGGCUCUUUGGAGCGGAGAGCUCAACACCGUUCAUCUGUGUGAAGCUCCGGGAGCUUUUAUAACUGCUCUGAAUCACCACAUUAAAACCAGUGAGGCGACACGCUACUGUGACUGGUGCUGGGUGGCCAACACCCUCAACCCAUACCAUGAAGCGAACGGAGGGGGCAAAACCAUCGCAGACGACCGACUAAUCGCCAACACGCUGCCAUGGUGGUUCUUCGGCUCAGACAACACGGGCGACAUCAUGGUGCAAAAACAUUUGUUGGAUUUGCAUAAGUUUGUGUCGAACAUGCAUACAGUUGAUUUGGUGACAGCUGAUGGAAGCUUUGACUGUCAGGAGAAUCCAGAUGAGCAGGAGGCGCUGGUGGCCUCCCUCCACUACUGUGAGACCACCGCCGCACUGCUGCUGCUGAGCCUCGGAGGCUCCUUCGUCCUGAAAAUGUUCACCCUCUACGAACACUCCUCCGUCUGCCUACUCUACCUGCUCAACUGCUGCUUCCACUCCGUCAACGUCUUCAAACCUGCAACCAGCAAAGCGGGAAACUCAGAGGUUUACGUCGUGUGUCUGAACUAUAACGGCAAGGAGACUGUAAGGCCCCUCCUCUCCAAACUGAUCCGCCACUAUGGGGCAGAUCUGGCUGACAGAGAGGCUCUUUUCCCCCGUUCCCUCAUCCCAGAGUCGUUUCUGAAGCAGCACGAAGAGGUGUGCUUGUAUUUUCACACGCUGCAGGUAAAGACGAUCACAGAAAACCUGCAACUGUUCCAGAAGAUGAGUGCAGAGCGGAGCCAGCAGCUGGAACACGUGCGAGACUGUGUGGCUCAGGAAUACCUGCAGCGCUUCCAGGUGAGCUUUCUCCCACGACGUCAGUGGGUUUCUCGUUGCAUGGUGAGGCCUGCUUGCAGCAUGGUGCCUGCAGGCCGACCCACGGGACAGAAGAAGCAGACGGGAUCCUUCAAUGAACGGAGGGAGUUACAGACUCUGAGCUGGGGGGAGCGACUCGGGAGGAGCUGCCAUCUUGCCUGGAUACAGACACACUGCAUGGAGGAUGGAGAGGCGGGAUGCGUACUGGAGGGACCUCUGUCGAGCUGCAGUGUGGAUUCCUGGUAUGUUGUUAUCGGGGCUGCACUGCCGGCUGUCAGGAACUCUCCAUUCUGUGAAGGAGAGCUGUUAAACCACUUAAAUGAAGCCCUUGCAGACGCAGCUGUCGACUGGACCUGUCUUCCUCCCUGUGGCUCCUGCCAUGUAACUUGCACAGCCUCCGUCUUAUCUGAGGCUGCAGGCUCUUGUGCCCUCCCAGCUGGCUCUGUGAAAAAAGAGAAGAAACAGUGUCUGGUGUUUGGCAGCGACUCCGUGUGGGGUACUUGUCAGAGCCAAAUUGGGGAUUUAGUCUUAAAAUUGCGCUCUGAACCUUCAUUUCCACAGGGCUUGCUGCAUGACGGGGAGCCGCUGUACCAGCAGCAGCUCUUAGACUGUGUCAUUUACUCCCUGCAGAUGCUGAGCUCAGGAGAGGCCCUGCUGCUGCCUGUUCUUUCCGCCCUCACGCGAGUCACUGCGGCAGUCGUGCUCUGCCUGCAUGUGUGCUUCUGCUCCGUCUCGUUUAAGUGUCCACGCCCCUCCGGUGUGGUCGGAGCGCUGCUCGUGUGUGUUGGGUUCCGUCCCAAAGCAGCCGCCCGACUGCUCCCAUUUCUGACCGACGUGCAGCGAAGCGUGAGUGAUUCGUUAAAACAAGAUGAGGCCUUGAGUAAAAGUCGUCCUGGUGGAGGUGGACAGGUGCUGCAAUUUGUUCCCAUGGAGGAGCUGCUGAGUGGAGGACUGAUGGAGUUCCUGUGGACCAUGAACUCUGAAAUCAUCCGUCAGAAGCUGCAUCUACUCAUGGAGCCGCAGCUUCAGGACAGUGAGCCCUCUGUUCUUUCAAAAACAAGCCAGAAGAGGCGCUUUAAUUUAGCCAUUUCAUCAGACAGAUCCCACGGGUCCUUAAAUCAUUUCUGAGGGCGAAAAUCAACACUCUUGCUUUUAAAAAGUGUAGACAGAUUUUUAGAUAAAGAGGAAAAUGGUGGGAAAAACAGAAGUUUUUCUAAUUAAAUCCUGAAACUACUGCUGCAGCACAGAAUUUAAAAGGUUUGUACAACUAAUUGUGCCUUAGUUCUGUUGCCUUUAAAUUAAAAAUGUAAAAUAGAAAGCUAAUGGUUUACAGCUAAGUCUAAAACACAAUUUACAUGUCUGGUUAAUUCAUUUUGACCGAGGCCGUUAAUGAAAAAUCAAAAGUCUGUGUUGUUCACAGGACUCAAAAUAAGGAAGCUAUAAACAAAGUAAAUGGAUAUAGCUCUGCUGUUACUAUUAUUAAAUGAUAAAAACUGUUUAAUUAAAAACACUGCAGCACAAGACAAAGCGAGCGUGCAGGUACAUCUCUGAAUGAAUGCCUACUAAAAUAGGAGCAGGCUUUGGUGUAUUAAAAAAGUCUCUAUAAACAAUGGGAAUCUAUAAAGAUUACUUUAGAUUAAUUAUUCUCUGCUUUAGUUUGCAUUCAGACCGAGGAACCAGCUAUUUUCAUUUUAUCAUGUGUAGACAGAAAGAUAAAACAAGAAUUUAAAUCUGUGUUUAUGAAAUAUGCUAAACUCAAAAAUCCAUAGCAAUAUUUGGGAUUUACAGAAGAAGACAUUGGAGGUUAUUAAAGCAAUAAUAUUAUUUCAUAAUAGGUGUUUUUCUGACUUCAGUAUAAUCUGCUCUGUUGCUUUUUUAGCAGCUUGUGAAAACACAUUUUUACUGUUAAAUUUUGUGUUCAGUUCACCACCUUUAAACACUUACAGUAUAUCCAGGAAAUAUAGUAGAAUAGGACAAUUAAAAAUGCACAUUUCCUUCAGGGAUCAUCAUUUGGAUCUCAACCAGAUCUCUGCACCAGUUGAAGAUAAAUUUCUAUUUUGUAUUUUUAAAGAUUGUUUUUCCUUUUGUGUUGGAUGAAAGUGUGAGGAUGCACUGAAAAAAAAGAUACUUGUUUACUAAAGUUUUUAUCCAUUCAGUUUUUCUGCCAUAAGUUAUUCUUUUUCCAAAGAAAUAAAAAUGAAAAUCGUAUCUUC